UUUGGCUCACUGCUAGAUGCUCUUAAAUCUAUGAAUGAGAAUGCUGCACCUGAAAAGUUAAAAGAAGAAUCACUUUGGUUGUUAAAACACUAUAGUGGGGGCAUAGCGGAGACAGGCUGUGCACUAAACUCUCUCCCUGAUGCACCAGAAGAGGGUCUUGAUCCAAUGACUGUUACUACUGAAGUUUUAAACAUUGCUGAAAAGAUGAAGAAAGAUGAGGAACAGAAGAUCAAGACUAACUUCACUACCUUCACUCCUUUGUGCUAUAUAAAGAAAGGAGAAACUGAUUAUUGUAUAAGAGUUAUGGUUGAUAAUGGUAAAAUAGAUAUCUGUGGUCAAUAUUGUGCUGGUUCUGUCAUGAGAGUUAAAGUAAAGCAUGUUACUGAAGAUGAUGAUCAGACAUUCUUUUAACUUUACAUUAAAUCUGCCCAGUUUAUUAUUACAGCUGCUUCAUUAAUUAUUAUUUUAACAGUAUUUUUGUAUCACCAGUAUAUAGAUCUGCUUUUUUAUUUUUAAUAUUUUUAUGAACAUACUAAAUUUUUAAGAUACACUAUUUUUAGUA